AUGCUAAUUUACACAAGUUACCUAUAUGUGCAAUUUUUACUAAGAAACACUUUUUUUCUCAUAGAGAUAAUCAUAAAUGGAGAAAGCUCACUGAAAUACAUUAUAAUUAACUCGAUUUCUUUAGCAAUUUCAGUUUUAUUAUUGGUUAUGGAGACCCUUAAAAAAUAAAAUAUUUAUGCAAAUAACAUAGGAGCAUCAAUAUUAUGUGUACUUAACAUAGAGUUCAUAUACCAAGAUAUUGCUUAAAUCAAUACACUUUAAUUAGGGAUCUUCAUAGUGAUUCUGAUUACAUAAUUUGAAGAUGCAUAAAAAUGGCAUAAAUUUAUGAAGCAUUCGAUAUUGUUGUAUUUUUUUAUCAGAACCCUCAUAUAAUAUAAGGAAUAAUUAUACAUAACUGAAUUAUUGACAUGCUUUUUAUGGUAACCAUUGAAUCAUUGGAUGUUGCAUUUGAAGAAAGAAGAUGAUCAGAUGGCAUUUAAGAAACAAUCUUUAGAUAUAACGAAAUAUCAUAUUGAAUAAAUUCCAUAACUUAUGAAAGAUUAAUCUGAAUAAGAUGAAUAAUGCAGCAGUGUUUGUAGGAGUUUAAAAAUCUAAAAUAAUUUGAGAGAGUUAAAGUAAAUAAACCUCAAGAAUCCUUUUGAAUAGUACAAGGAAAGUUCAAAGAACACAUAUUCAGAUAAAGAAUUAGGAUCAUAGAGAUCUACAACUAAUUUAGAUAUACCUUAAAUAUGGGAUUUGUUACCAUUUGGAAUAGGAUUGAUGAAUAAUCUAUUUGAGAUGGUGAUAAAUAAUUAAAAAUUAUUAUAGUUUUUAAAAGUGUCAGACAAUGAUGUAAGAAAUAUCAUUUUGAGUUUAGAUUCAUUAUUAGAAAGGUAAAAUUUAAUAAUAAAAUAAGUUGUGAAUCUUGGGAAAGUAAAUCAAUAAAAUAGGUAGGUUCAAAUUAAAGCAAUCGUUAGAGUAAAAGAAUCUUAAGAGGUCAAUAGUUGUCUAUAAUAUCAAAAAGUUUAAUUGAAUAGAGCUCAAUAAAUCCAGAGGGAGGUACCAAUACAAAUAUAAAUAAUAAUAUCACUUAUUGUCAAAAUACAAAUAAUUAAAUAAGAGAUGAAGUGAUGACAAUAAAGACAAGAUUUAGAAACUUGAAUUUGUUGUUCAAGAAAUUCGCUUAAAAGUCUCCUUCUAUGACAAAUAAUGCAGAUUAUUCUGUUUAAUCAAUAGGAUAAAAUAUAUAGAUAAUAAAGAUUGUUUAAGAAGUAGGGGAAAUGAAAUGUUAUUUGAGGAUUAAAGUUUAUGAAAUUGAAAUAAAUAAUAAAGUAAAUUAUCUAUUUUUGAUUGAAAACAUAACUAAUAAAGAAGAAUUAAGAUAAUUAAACAUUAGAUACAAGUAUCAAUAAGCAUUACUAAAUUCAUUAUGUCAUGAGUUGAGAACUCCAAUGAAUAGUACAUUAUCAUAAUUAAAUGCAUUAUCUACAUUAAUUUAACCUAAUAUUAGAGAUAAAAAUUUGUAGCCAGCAAUAAUUUCAGCUAAAAAACUAAUGUUUUAAUUGAAUGAUAUUUUAGAUUAUGCUUAAAUUGAUUGUAAGAAUUUUAAAUUGAAUAUAUCUCAGUUUGAUUUAAAUGAAAUCUUUGAAGUUUUAAAAGAAUUGUUUGAUUAGGAAUGCAAAGAAAAACAAUUAGAUUUUUAACUUAAUACAAAUUUUAAUUAUAUAAUAAAUAGUGAUAAAGAAAGAAUACUUAGAAUUUUGGUUAAUUUAAUUGAUAAUUCAAUAAAGUUUACAAAUUAAUGCGGUUCAAUUAUUGUAAAUGUGGAUGAAAAUAAAUCCUGUAUAAUUUUUACAGUAGAGGAUAAUGGGGUUGGUAUGUCUGAAAAGACUCUAGAGUAAAUUAGAAAUAAUUUUGAUAUGUAAUUUUAUGAUUCAUAUUUAUUCUAAUAAACUAAAUUAGGUUUAGGAUUAAAGAUCUCUUAAUAAAUAGCUAAAUUUCUAUGUGUUAAUAAUAAGUUAAUAAUAGAUAGUACUGAGAAUGUUUAUACAAAAAUAACAUUCAAAAUAGAAAAUCAUAAAAAGUAGACCAGCCAAUAAAAACUACCAUCAUAUUAAGGAUGUAAUAUUACAAUUAGUUGUACCUGUAUUUAAAUAUUAAAUGUGGAUGAUGUAAGAUUUAACCAUAGUGCCAUAGAAGCACUUUUAUAAUAACAUAAAGUUAAAAUGGAUAGUGCUUAUAAUGGUUAACAAGCUAUUGAGAAAAUAAAGGAAAAAUUAAAUUCUCCUUGUUGUAAAACUUACAAAUUGAUUUUUAUGGACAUUGAAAUGCCUGUAAAAAAUGGUUAUUAAGCUUCAAAAGAUGUAAGAAAUUACAAAUUCAUUUGUAUAGAUAACUGAAAUUUUGAUAAAAGAAAAUUUAUAUGAAUAAUGUUCUAUAGUAAUGUGUUCUGCCUAUAAUGGAAAUGAAAAUAAUAACAAUAUGAAAAAUUGUGGUAUCAAAGAGAUAUUACCUAAACCAAUAGAGUAAAAACAACUUAAACAAUUACUUGAUAAAUAUUUAUUAUGA